AAUGUUGCUGGACUCUGGGCCUGUUUCUCGGGCUAUCCGGGAUAUUUUCAGGCAGUGCUGGUUCGAGACUGGAUCAGCAUGGCGCUUUCUGACAGCGGACCAGAGGGAGUUCUAUUUUCAGGAAUUUCAGAAGAAGUUCUGGUGGGAUGACUCUGCGUACAGCGAGGAGGUAAUCAGACGGGUCUUCAUGACCCAUGCAGCCACCCGGUACAAAGACAACAUCCACAAGAUGAGGAAAAUGCAAAAGAAGCAUACAUCUGUGAAUCAGGAGAUCUGGGAAGCCUGGAAUGCAUUUUGGGACUCAGAGAAGGAGAAAAAGAAGUCAGAGACAGCUCGGGCAAACCGGAUGAGUGAGCCUGCGGGCCCCGGUUCUGGUCCUGUCCGCCAUACCGGAGGAUCUCGCUCUGCUAUCAAGCAUAUGGAUGUGAUGGCUAAGGAGCUCGGCCGGAAGCCGAGUGCGACAGAGCUGUACAGUCGCCUUCAUAAAACGAAGGCUGAGAAGAAACCAGUCGACAAGAGGGCUCAGGAUAUGACUGACGCCAUCGCUGAGAGGCUUGCUGCUGCGACACAGUCGCCGACCGGAGAGGGGAGCACCUCGAGUCCUGUGGAUGAGACGCAGAUAUUUAUGGAUAUCGAGGGCGUCAACAAGAAGCAUCGGGUGUACGGCCUGGGUUCGGCUACCAGCAGAUAUGUAGGCCCGAGUAUCAGACCGCAGAGAGGCAGCUCUUCACGGACAUCACAGCAGACGGAUGAGGAGGUCGAGCGCCGUGUGCAGGCCGGCAUCCAGGAGGGCCUGCGGCAGGUUGAGCAGCGGUUGGCGGCGCAGCAGGCCAGCAUGGCACAGAUGAUACGUGAUGAGAUUGCACGGAUGAUGCCGAAUCUCCCACCAGAGUAUCAGCCACAAUUUCCCCCUCCUCCGCCAGACGGUGGCGAUACUACAGAUUUGUAGUUUCCUGUUUAUUUUAUUUUCUAAAA